CGGGCCCAAGUAUACGGAAGCCCGUUUGUACAAUUUGAUAACAGCAGCUGUUUUGUAAAACGUGGGCAUUGCAAGGACAAUAGCUAUCAUACUGUACAUCUCAUCCGAUAUUUGCAUCUACGGACAGCUAAGCGAACUUUGGUUUCGUUAAAAUAGACAAACCGGCCUUUUCAAAUUUGUUAUCCAUACAGCUUUUCACCAGGUUAAAGCCAAGGUCAAAGCUUUAGUUUAAAUACCCAUGGUUCCCGUAAAUUACGCCUGUAAUUGAGAGGUAUUGAAGUAUUUGAACCAUGGCCGGAUUAAUCAAUUUUGAAGACGAGAAAGAGGUGAAACAGUUUUUGGAUAACCUCGGGGUGGAGUACAGUUAUCAGUGUCAUAAAGAGAAAGAUCCGGAAGGCUGCCAGCGCCUUGCGGAUUAUUUGGAAGGGAUAAAGAAAAACUUUGAUGCGGCAGCUCAAGUCCUGAAACACAACUGUGAGGUGAAUGGCCACGGCGAGAGUUGCUACAAACUUGGAGCGUACCAUAUCACCGGAAAGGGUGGUGUAUCAGAGUGUCUGAAGAAGGCCUACUCCUGUUUUAUGAAAUCCUGUGAAUCUGGGGGUAAGAAAUCGGUGGAUGCUUGUCAUAAUGUUGGCCUCCUUGCACAUGACGGACGGGCUAUGGAAGGGGGUCCUGAAGCUGCCUUGGCCCGGAACUACUACGAUAAGGCAUGUGCAGGGGGGUUUGCUCCUAGCUGUUUCAAUCUGAGUGCACUGUACAUCAAGGGUGCUCCUGGAGUCAACAAGGACAUGACGCUUGCUUUAAAGUAUGCGAUGGAGGCAUGCCAGCUCGGACAUGUGUGGGGCUGUGCAAAUGCAAGUCGAAUGUAUAGGCUUGGUGAGGGGACCGCUCAGGAUGACAAGAAAGCAGAAGAACUGAAGAACCGUGCUAGACAUUUGCAUACUCAGCAGAAGGAGCGCCAGUUGUCAUUUGCGGAAUGAGGAAGGGACCCAAUUGAUCCAGACCAAACAUCACAUCCUGUGAUAGAAUAAUUAGAAUGGCUCAACAUUUGAGUUGCACCAAUAAGCUUUUAUAUCUACUUCUCUGUACUUGAAUCUGAAGUUGAUUCUUACUCAAAAGCCAUUGUGUGUAUUUAUCAUUAAAAAUGAGCAAAUACUAGUGGUGUGCAUUGUGUCAAUGGUAGUGGAUAAGGCUAAAAUGUAGUAUACUAAUGAACAGCAGUUGCAUUCCUGUGAUUAACAAUGGCAUUUUCCACUUCUGCAUACCAUUCUGGAUAAGAGUGUAUGUUAAGUGAUUGUAUUGUAAUGUCAUUGGGACUAUUUAUAGCAUGUACUCUGAGCAAGGAGAAAUAGCUUAAUAAUCAAAGCCUAAAUUACAUUCAUAUGUAUUGCUGAGCAUUUUGAAAAAGCAAAUUUGGUGGAAGUAAACUAAGUGAAAAGUGCCAAAUCUCUGCUGUACAGCAAUAAACAUAAUUACAAGA